AUGGCUACCCCACCUAGUGAACCACCAUUACCUAAAUCACGUGGUCAUUCAUUAUUUGAUCGUCAAGCACAAUUGCAUGCAAAUGAUCGUGAUAAACAAUCCAGUUCAACUAUUUCUGAUAUUCCUAAGCAUUUAACAUCACUUAAAUCAGCUCAUCCAAUACCAAUGCCACCGAGUUCAACAUCGCCUGUUACACAUCUUCCUUAUCAAUAUACACCAUUACAAAUGAAUGUUAGACCACCUUUAUCAUCAACAGAAACUUAUGCACAUUCAAAGGAUAAUAAUGUUCAAUUAAUUAGUAUUCAUCCUCGACCUGAAUCGAAUUAUAUUAAAGAUCUACCACCACCUUCGACAAGUUCAUCAAAAUUACAGGAAACUGAUUUUCCAUUAUAUGAAGAUCCUAACAUAGAAGAAUCGGAAAAAAUCACAAAUGAAAAUAUAUCAUCAAGUAAUACGACUAACUCUACUAUGAUUGAAAAUGUUUCAAAUUAUUCACCAACACAUGAUGAUGAUGAUGAUGUUAUUCAUCAACAAAAUGAUGAUGAACAAGAAUAUCAUAAUGAAAGUUUUGAUGACGAAGAUGAAGAUAAUAGUGUUAAUACAAAUGAUUUUGAUACAACAACAGGUAUUCAUAGUCAUCAAAAUGAUAGUGGUAUUCAUACAAUAUCAUCAACAGGAAAUAGUGAUAAACGAAAUGAUGAUCAAAAUACUCAAGAAAUUUUAAACGAUUAUCCAUUACGAAUGAAUUCUUCAACACAAGAUGUAGUUAUUGAAGAAUAUGAUAGUGAUUUUGAUAAUUCAUCACAUGAAGAUGAUGAACAAUUAACACAUAAAGAUUCAAUAAAUGAUUAUGAAGAAGAACAACAAAAUCAAUUAAUUUUACGACAACAACAAGUUCUCUGGGGUAUUGUACACGAAUGGUCAAGAAAAGAAGAAUGUUAUUGUGAUGAGUUAAAAAAAAUGGCAGAACAAUUAAAUCAAAUAUCAAUUCCAAUUUCUUUUCAAGGUUAUAUUCAAAAAUUAAUUGAUCAACAUGACAAAGUUUAUCGAGAAAUUGAAGAUUCCUUUGAUCGUGAUCGUCAACCAGCAACUUUAACAAAAUAUUUAACACAUGCUGUUGAAACAUUAAUGGAAACACUUCCAAUAUAUACUGAUUAUAUCAAAACGAAUUUAGUACCAAUUAGAAAAUCGCUUGAAAAACGAAUAAAUACAAGUGGCUUAUCUAGUGAAGAUCUUUUAUCGAUUCCUCCAAAACAAUUUCUUCAAAUACUUUCUCAAGUACAGGAUUUAUAUCAAACAGCACAAUCAUUUGAAACUGGUGACAUGGAUGAUAUAAAUAAAUUAUAUAAUUAUGCCCAAACAUGUAAAUUAUAUGGGAGUCGACAAGAUGAAAAUAUAAAUAAGGUUAUUUUGAAAGCUGAAGAUGUUGUUACAAUGGCAACACGAGGACAUCGUGAACGUUGUCGACUUAUUCUCUAUCCUGAUGCAAUUGUUUGUUGCAACCUAAAGGCUAAAAUACUUGCAAGCCCAAAAUAUAUGCUUCUAUGGUUUAUUCCAAUGCUUGAUUUACAAUGGACAAUGCCUCAAAGUCCUUCCGAUGAUACUGUUGAUACCGGUGAUGAAUUAAAAACAAAUCUUAAAUCGGUUUAUAAAGAAUUAGAAAAAACAACAAAAAAUAAUAAUAUGUUAGCAGCUCGUUUAUCAAAAAAUAUUCGUAAACAAGAAAAUGAAUUUAAUUUAGUUCAAUCAAAACUACAACUUCUCUUAUCAAAUCCUCGUAUAUCUACAUCAUCGACGAUACUUUUUUCAUCGGCUUAUCAAUUACAAGAUUGGGUUGAUUUAAUUGAUCGAACAAAACAAGAACUUAUUCAACGUAGUUCAGCUGUAUUAAAUGAAGCAAAUCAUCAUUCACGUUUAAAUGAAUCAAUUAUACAAAAACGUCUUGAUUUAAUUAAACCAAAUUUACAUGAAUCAAAUACAAAUGAAUCAACAUCAAAUAUUCAAACAAUAACACCAAGUAAAACAUAUUCUGGUACAUUAUGUAUUACAAUACAUAGUAUACAAGGUUCAGCUUUAUAUAAUCCAACAAGACAAUAUCAAACAUUACCAAUGAUGUCGUCAGUACAACAACAGCUACAAAAAAAUUAUCAAUUUUAUGUAGCUGUUGAAAUUGAUUCAUAUAAUACGUUUUAUCCACAUGCUAAAACAGAAAGACGAACAAUGCAAAAACCUGAACUGGUUGAAUUUAGAGGAGAGGUAUUUCAAAUAGAGCUAGAAUAUUCACUUGCCUUUCGUUUCCUUAUCUAUCGUAUUGAUGCCUCAACAACAGAUAUUCGUAACAGUUCACAAAAAGAAAUAUGUAUUGGUAAAUUUCAUCGAGAUAUUGAAACUGCAUUACAUGAAUGUCACAAUAAUCCAAAUGAAGUGACACGUAUUGAAUCACCAUCUGGAGAUUUAAAAUUAAGAUUUUCAUUAAACUAUUCAAAACGUGAAGGAACAUUUAGACGUCGACCAUCAAAACGUAGUCUUGCUAUAUUUGGAAAAAGUAUUGAAAAAUUAUUAAGUAUGCCAAAUGGACAUAUUAACGGUAUUCCACGUAUAAUUGUAAAAUGUAUUGAAAUGGUUGAACAUGAUGGUUUAAAUGAAACAGGUAUAUAUCGUGUUUGUUGUGUUGCAUCAGAAUUACAAAAACUUCGUAAUGAAUUUGAUCGAAAUUAUCGUCAUGGUGAAGAAAUGUUACUUCAAAAAAAUGUACAUGUUGCAGCUAAUUUAUUAAAAUUAUUUUUUCGUGAAUUGCCUGAACCAUUAUUUAGUAGUGCAUUAUAUAAACAAUUUUUACAUGCUAUACAGUUAACUGAUAUUGAUAAUCAACGUGUUACACUAUUAAAAACAUUUGAAUCAUUAAAUUCAAAUAACCGACAAAUUUUAUUGUAUUUAUUUGAUCAUUUAAUACGUGUUAGUCAAUAUUCAAAUAUAAAUAUGAUGCAUUUAGAUAAUUUAGCUGUUGUUUUUGGACCAACAUUAAUGAGACCAUCAAAAUUAUUAACAACAACAAAUUAUUCAGGUAGUAAUCAACGUUUAAAUGCUAUUACAAAUAAUACUACUAGUUCAACAAUACAAACAGAUGUUGAUCAAAUGUCAUCAGAAUUACAAGGUUCAAUGUAUCAAUGUCAAGUGGUUCUUGCUUGUUUAAAAUUAAGACGAGAUGAAAUAUUGAAAUAA